AUGUCGCUCAGCAGUAUUGCCGGGCCCUUCUGGGGCCCAGUGGACUGGCUCCAUAUCUAUAUUGCUGGUACCGCCUUUUUGGUCUGUGGCUUCGUCGCAGUGGUCUUGAUGCUGUCAUCGCAGAAGCGCAAGAUUGACUACAACCGCGGUGUUUUCACCUACCUGAAGUUUAUCUAUGCGACCUUCCUCAAGCCGCACGAGAAGCACGGCAAUGGCCAGCAGGAUGCGCUCGAGAGUUUCUACAAGACUCAGGCUGGUGUGUAUGAUGCCACUCGCAAGCGCCUUUUGUGUGGUCGAGAGGAUAUGCUGGGCCUGGCUGCAGCCCAGCUGAAACACAAGGUCGAGAACAAGGAGCUCCAGCCCGGCAAGGCCAUCUGGGUUGAUAUUGGCGGAGGCACUGGAUACAACAUCGAAGCCAUGGCUGCCUUCCUUCCCGUCCAGGAAUUCUUCUCUCACAUAUAUCUGGUCGACUUUUCUCCCUCCCUCUGUGAGGUGGCCCGCCAACGGUUCGAAAGAUUGGGAUGGAAAAACGUCCGGGUCGUCUGCCAGGAUGCCCGCACUUUCCGCUUGCCAGAUGAUGACAAGGUCGAUCCUCGUAGCGGAGGCAGCGCCGGUGCGGACUUGGCGACGAUGAGUUAUAGCUUGUCCAUGAUUCCAGACUACUACAGCGUCAUCGACGCGCUUCCCGCGCUCUUGAAAUCCUCCGGCAUUCUCGGCGUUUGUGACUUCUAUGUUCAAAGCAUUGUCGAUGUCUCCUCACGUAACUAUACCGGCGGCGCCUUCAACCGUCAUGUGAACUGGCUUGGUCGAGUCUUCUGGCGGGCCUGGUUCGAUGUGGACCGUGUCAGUCUAGAGGCAGCUCGUCGUGACUACCUAGAAUACCGGUUUGGCACUGUCAUCUCGGCCAGCGAAAGAAACUACCUUUUGGGUGGCAUUCCGUACUACAUCUUUGUCGGUUGCCAAAAGGAUUCCACCACCUACUCAGGCCGCGAGGCCAUUGAGAAGUUGAACGCCUCUUUCACGGAAUCGCCGUAUCUCGCUCCUGCCAACCACCGCAAGGAGAUGGAGACCGCCGUUGAAAACAGUACGCAGGAGAUCAAAUCCAAGGCUUAUGAGUCUGCCGUGGUCAACCUGAGCGCGAACCUGCCCCUCCCCUCUUCCUUCUACCAGAACCACCACCAUCGGAUUUUCUACAAUGACCUACUUCCGAAGCACACGCAGUUCGGAAAUGAGUACAUCUAUGCCUUUAACUGGGAAGAUCCUCGCGUCGAUCAUCGACUGCUAGAUAUCAAGCGUGACGAUGUCAUUCUGGCCAUCACAAGCGCCGGAGACAACAUCCUCGACUACCUUCAGAAGAGCCCACGUCGGGUACAUGCGGUGGACCUGAACCCGAACCAGAACCACCUGCUGGAGCUCAAGGUGGCCAGUUUCAUGGCUCUGGGCCACCGUGAUGUGUGGAAGAUCUUCGGUGAAGGAAAGCACACUGAAUUCCGCAACCUUCUCAUUUCCAAACUCAGCCCACACCUGUCCAGUCAAGCCUUCCAGUACUGGCUGGAGCACAGUCAUGUCUUCACCUCUUCUUCCGGCAAGGGACUCUACGAGACGGGCGGAUCGCGCCACGCCAUCAAGAUGGUCCGCUACCUCUUCAAAGUGUUUGGUCUGCAGGGUCAGGUGCAACAGCUCUGUGAGGCUCAGACCUUGGCCGAGCAGCGCAAGAUCUGGCCGCGCAUCCGCUCCGUCCUGAUGAGCAAGCCUCUCCACUGGGCUGUGGUGGGAACUGAAUGGUUUGCAUGGAAGGCCGCAGGCGUGCCCCGCAACCAGCGCAACAUGAUCAUCGACGACUUCUUCAAGAGAAACGGGUUGAACAAGGACAUGAAGCAGACAAAGGAUGUCAGCGGCCAGUCGAUCUGGGAGUAUGUGGUGGAUACCUUGGACCCUGUGGUCCAGGACACCCUGAUCAGCAACGACAACUACUUUUACUUCCUGUGUCUGCAGGGGCAGUUUUCCAGAAGAUGCCACCCUGCAUACCUCUCCCCCAAGGCCCACGUGAAGCUAUCCUCCCCCGGAGCUUUCGAUGGCCUGCGCAUCCACACCGACGAGAUCAACGAAGUGAUCAAGCGUAUCACGCCGCGCAGCCUGACCAUCGCCGUGGUCAUGGACUCCAUGGAUUGGUUCGACCCCGAAGGCAGUGAAGCCGCCAUCCAAGCCCAGAAACUCAACCACGCCCUGAAGAUGGGCGGCCGCAUACUGCUGCGUUCCGCGAGCAUCGAUCCCUGGUACAUCCGCCAUUUCGAGCAGAAUGGCUUCACCGCGCGGCGUGUUGGCUCCCGGUUCCCCGGAACCUGCAUUGAUCGUGUAAACAUGUACGCCUCAACCUGGAUCUGCACCAAAACCCAAGAACACGAACGCCCAACCCCCAGCCGCGCCAUGUCCGCUCUUUCGUUGGACAACACCACCCCGAAGAGAAACAGUGUCGAGCAUCUCGAGAUAUAA